AUGGGAGAUUUGGUAAACGCACUAUUCGUAUCCUCACCUCCAGGGCCAAGCCCGAUCUCGUCGCCGAGCCUCCGACCGAGUCAAUUACUCCCUGAUACCCUUCAAGGUCAAUACUUCGACGUUGAUGACGAUAACGACCGCGAAAACAAUACCGUUGACCUGCCGGGCGCAAAGGCCGCCGAUCCGAUCCAAGUUGAAGACGGCACUUCGUCGACGGAGUCGUAUUCGGGCGGCGAAUAG